CUUUUUUUUUUUUGCCGAUAGAUAAGCUGUGACAAUUGGAAAUUUUGCGAUCAAUUCCCAAACUAGACAAUUUUUUCAACAUUUUAACAAGUAUGAGGCCGAAGCAAAAUAAACGCAAUAUGGGAGACAAUGCCAAUAUGCAGGCAUUGGGAAAGAGAAAGAAUCCCUCGAGUCAACCACAACCAGAUUGGCUCUUCCCUGCUGGUUCUGGUACGGAUGCAAACAAAGCCUCAGCUACCAAAUCUGGCAACGAAGGACGAUCGAAGAACAAACAAGCCAAGCAAGUCGCACAAGAUCUCCUCAACCGUCGCGAUGCUGGCGAACCUCCCAAGACAGGAAUUCCUUCCCAUUUACUCGAUCUUGUCGGCAAAUUCCUCGAGCAGCACGAAUUCAUGCAAACCAGUCGCACCUUGAAGACUGAACGUCGUAGCAGAGCUGAGGUAACAGCAGGAGCUGAAACCACCGCUUUCUCUCUUGAACAUAUCUACACUGAGUGGCAGACAUUGAAAGAGGAGAAUACAGCACUGAAAGCUGCAGCCACUCAGAAGGACGAAACUUCAAAGCCCAAGGCAGCUAAGCCUUCAUCCGCGGAUACCUCAAGCAGCAGUAGCAGUAGCAGCAAUAGUAGCGACUCCAGCAGUGAAGAGGGAAGUGAUGUUGAGAUGGCAGAUGCUCCUCCAACUAAGAAGAACUCUGCUCGAAGAUCUUCCUCGUCAUCCUCAUCAUCCUCUUCGUCCUCUUCCUCCAGCAGUUCCGAUAGCGAUGCCGAUGAUGAAGAUGAUGCGCCAUCAGCCAUUAAGUCUCCCUCGCCGAAGCCAAAAGUCAAUGUUUUGAAGCGCAAAGCUACUUCAGAUAGCGAUUCAUCUUCAUCCGAUUCUGAUUCAUCUUCAUCCGAUGCUAGUUCAACUUCAGGAGAAGAUGCCCCCAAAGCCAAGAAGGCUAAAACUUCUGCUGCUGACAAAGAGUCGUCGGCCUCUUCAUCCGAAUCUAGCUCUGGAGAAGACGAAUCUAAAGCCGGGAAGACUAAAGAUAACUCUAGUUCUUCUGAUUCCUCCGACUCAGAUUCCGACUCCGAUUCCUCUACACACUCAAAUGCAAAGAAAACUCCAUUACCUGAUUCUGACUCCGAUUCAUCUUCCGAUUCCAAUUCCAGUUCUGACUCGGAUUCCGGAAGUGAUGCCGAUGAAACUGCAAAGAAGGAGACAGCAGCUAGCUCAGACACAAGCGAGACACUUUCUGAAGGCAAGGGUUCACCAAACGAGAAAGCAUUAGAUCCACCAUUGCCACCAAUGCCUGCUGCCAAGCUUCCUAGGAAACAGAACGUACCAUUUUCUCGCAUUCCCAAAGACACCAAAGUCGACCCGAGAUUGUCUAGUAAUGCAUAUGUACCAUAUGAUUACGCUCAGAAGGCUCAUGAGGAUUUGAUCAUUACAAAGGGCAAAGGUUUUACCAAAGAGAAGAACAAGAAGAAGCGUGGAAGUUACAGAGGUGGUUACAUUGACGUGGAGGGUAAAAAGGGCAUUAAAUUCGAUGACUAGAGAUCUACCUCUUGUAUUGGUAGGUUGUUAAUUGAUUGCUGUCAAUUUUUUAGCAUGAGAGAGGUUUAAGCCUUUGAAGGUGACUAAGUAUUGGCUGGGUAGCAAAGGAGCGUUUGGCGUAAAUUCAUAUGAUAAAGUAGCCUCGCUACAUUGAUAAUACAAAAGUUGUCCUCUGUACAUAACACAUUUCCACGAUUCAUCUUCCGCACACCAACUUCCAUUGUAAGAAUGCUCCAAGAACGUUCCGUAUGACAUCCCAAUCAGCACAUCUCGAGGGUCAAAUUCCAGGCUUCUGUCAGG